AUGCUGCUGAUCGACUGUUUCCGCCGGCCAUCGCACGAGCUGCAGACGAGGAAGAAGCAGUCCUCGAAGCAGCUGGAGCAGGUGCGACCAAUAAUCCGCGAUCCCAUCAAGAUACUGCUGCUGGGGGCCGGCGAGUCUGGGAAAACGACCAUCAUCAAGCAAAUGCGCAUUCUCCACAUCCAAAACAGCUACAGCAUCGAUGAGCGGUUGGAUAGGUUGACGGACAUUUUCGAAAACAUCCACGAGUCAAUCUACGAGCUGGUCCGAGAAGCGAUCCUUCACGAGCUGAAGUUUGACUCGCUGGCCAAUCAGCGAUGGGCCGAGUAUAUCCUGCGGGUCGGCCGCCAAUCGCCCGAGAAGCCGUCGAUGGAGUACGUGCAGUGUGUGCGCUCACUGUGGGCAGACCGAGGCAUCCAACGGUGCUACAAACGAGCCAACGAGUUUCAGCUGAUUGAAAGUGCCAAAUAUUUCCUUGAUCGCGUGGAAAAAAUCUCGAUGCCGGGUUACAUUCCGUCGAACGGGGACAUACUGAACUGCCGGAAGAUAACGACCGGGAUCCAGGAGACACGGUUCAACGUGCGAAUGCCCGUCUCGCUCGGGGGUGGCUUCCAGGAGUUCCGCAUGUUCGAUGUCGGUGGCCAGCGUCACCACCGGAGCAAGUGGAUGCAGGCGUUUGAGGGCGUGCAGGCGGUGCUGUUCCUCAUUUCGUGCGGUAGCUUCGAUCAGACGUUGCGCGAAGACCCGAAACAGAACCGACUGGCCGAGGGCUUCGAGUUGUUCCGGGGCGUGUGGCACAACCGAUUUCUGGCCGAAACCGGCGUGAUAGUGUUCCUCAACAAACAAGACGUACUCGAGCAAAAGCUACUGGCAGGCAAGUCGAUUCGGACCUACUUCCCCGAGUACGACGAUUACGUGGCGUUCGCCGAUAAGGAUCAGCUGUACGACGAGCUGUCCCGCACACGAUCCUUCAUUCGUUCGAAGCUAGUGGACAUCACGAACGAACCACCGCGACGAACGUCCCAUCUGAUAGGAAAAAAACGGUCCUGCUUUUAUCACUUCACCGUCGCCACCGACACACAGAGCGUGCGAACUGUGUUCAACGAGGUUCAGAAUAUCGUACUGACGAAAAAUCUCUCCAGCGUGAAUGUGCUUUAA